CAGCGUGUCGUAGUCAGCGUGCCUGUUGAUGAAAGUAGUAAAUUUUCAUAUAAAAUUGCAUUAUUCAUAACGAAAUAUUCUCCCAAAGGUGUACAGAGUUCCGUGGCAUCCAUUACCGAAAAAAUAUGGACGAAGAAACUCCGGAAUUACUGUUUUUCGAUACGUUUUCGCAUGACACCUACGAAAAACUUAACCUGGACCUGGUCCAAUUUCCGAAACCGGUCUACAUAACCGAGGUUCGUAUUAUUCCGUUAGGUGCUCGGGUACAGGCGGAUUUUCCCGGUGGAGUUCGGCUCGGAGCAACCAAUCCGUCUCAGUUCAAGAUUGAACUGUUUGUGAAUGAUCUGGGAAAGCCGGGGGCACCGACAUUCGAGUGUUUGGGUGAUUUCGAAUACAAUCAGAACAACUGCAUUCAUCUGGAGUGUGGCAAGCCGGACGAUGGUGGAACGCGUCCCAUUCCGACGGAUGGAUUGGUACUGAAAGGAUUUUAUACGACGAUAACACUGGCGGUUUAUGGAAUUUUGACGGCCAACAUUGCGGAACCAAUUGUUUCACCCCGGGAAGCUACCCCGCAACCGGAUCAAGUGCUACCGGUUGAAAUCGGUGUCGUAGACAGUGGACCGGGUGGGAUCGUUGAAGUAGCCCAAGAGUGGCUAGAAGAACCGGCCCCGGUUGUCCCGACGGAAGUUUUUGUGCAAAAGGAAUAUCCGGAGGCCGAUGGAGAAGACAUACCGAAGGAUCCCCGACCGUAUGCGCGACGGGUGGCGGCGGCGGCUGCCUCCGUCGGACCGAUUCCAACGGAACCAAUAUCACCGAAGCAGUUGGACUGUGAAGUGGUGGUCGAAAAGCGUACCAAGCGGGUGUCCCGUUCGACGGAUAGGCAGAUGCAGUACGAACCGAUGGCAAGAUCCAGGGGACGAAGUCACGAGUAUUCACGUUCGCCGAGUCUGUGUAAGGACUAUCAGACGCAGAAGCGAGACUGGUCUCGUAGUCCAGAUUACGGAAGUAGAUCCCGAAGGAUUCGAAGCAAUUCGUACGACCGUGUUCGAAGGGGAUCUUCGUACGAUUUGGAAAAGGAUGACCGUCGUCGGCCACGGUCUCCGAUCGAUUCUCCCCGUCGUCCGCGAUCUCCGGAUCCGCUGGAUUCUUCGAAUGAUUACGACGAUGCCGAUUAUCGGUACGGAUCCGGUGGCCAUAAGUACGAUAAGCGUCCUGUCGAGGGUCGUGUAAAAGCAACGGCAGCGGGAGGAGCAGUGGCAACCGUUGGGAGUCCAGUUUCGGCUACCGCCACUCCGGUUGCUUCUCCAGCUUUACUGCCGGAGGAAGAUGCCCUAUCGGCUACGGAACAGUUCGAACCGAUUCUCAGCGAUGAGGAUAUUGCCGAUGAUUAUGAUUACGAUAUGGAGUAUGAUUUUGCGGAGGAAUACUACAAGAGUUUCAAUCCGUUUACGGCGGUCCUGACUAAGUUCGAACCACCGCAGAACGGCGGGGACGUUUAUCCUUUGCCGCUUCAACAUCUGGAGAAUGUGUUGAAGAAUAAUCGGUACAACGCGGCGGCCACCGUUAAUUUCGCUAAGGAAUCCGGUGAUUUCAAGGAGGGGUUUGUGCACUACACGGAUCAGAUGGUAAUGCUGUUGACUCAACUUUUUCAACUACCGGAAAAUAGAACCAAAUUUGAGCGCGUUAUGGAACGUUGGACUUCCGAGAAGGCGGAGGUGGUUGAGCUUAUGCUGAAUUGCAUCAAGCUGGGUUUGAACAUCGAUCUAGCGUUGACUCAACCUCAGCCGGCGUACAAAUUGCGUCACCUCAAAGCCGGCAUUCGAUUGGUCGAACUGCUCGGUUCGACGAACGUUUUCAUUCGGGUGGUUUUGGCGCAGACCGAUUUUAACAUUUUUGAUAAACUGCUGGGGCUGUGUUCCCAGCGUCUUAUGGCUCUGUCGAUUAAAUUGAUGAUUAUUCGUUCGAUUUAUGCCUGCCUGGAUACGAUGUUCGGAUGUGACUAUUUCCUAAGCGACGACUACAACGGCUAUCAGAUUCUGUUACAUUUGAUUCAGGAGAAUCCUUCGACCCGGAUUAGUUUCGCGCUAAAAUCGCUACUGAAAAAGAUUAACCUAUACGAAAAUUUAGAUUUACUACGCAAUUCCGUGUCGGAUCUGUACACGGCACGCUGUGAUGCGUCCUACAAACCGGAUCCGGCGACGCUGCUGCUGUUGGAGAAUUGUGUUGGCGAGCUGACGAAGGCCCUCACCUGGGAUGCGAUCGCGUACAGCCAACCGAAACGGUUUCUGCCCGUAUCGGCCAAGUUUGCCAUCCACAAGGACAUCAGCUGCUCGCUGACGGCCAAUCGGAGCUUGGUGACGUUUUUUCACAUUCACCGGUUGAUCGAUACGAUCAUUUUCCUGCUGGAAAUGAAACCACCUUCGUCGUCGCUGGUCGGUUCGGUGUACGAUUUGUUGGCGGCUUUGCUACGGAAGCAACAGAAACUGCACUACCUGAUGGAACAGGCCGACCGGAUCAACGUACUGUUGAAGAUUUUGUUCCAACACUGUCCACCGCCACUGCUGAUCGGCGAAGAAGCUCACCCGGAAGAUGUACUGCACGAGCUUACCCGCGGUCAAAUGUUGGGUCUGGAGAUGGCUUAUAAACUGCAAACCGUCUACUAUCUGGAUGCCAUCGGAAACACCCGGGAUGAUCUGGACAAGCUGGUCGAAUAUCUACAGUCGCUGUUUCAUUUGGCCAACAGCAUCGGCAAGCGGUAUGUCGUCGAAGUGAUCUGCAUGGAGGACAAUAUGAAACUGUUUCUGAAUUUGAUCGAAAAGGAAAAGCGAGCACUAAACAAGGAGGGAUCACCCGGGGUUAAGCAUAAAUCUCCGGUUUUAAGUUACAGCGUCGAUUUGGUGGAUUGUGCCGUUCGGAACUGCGAUCACGUAGGUUAUUUAGCUCGGCACGGCGAAAGUCUGCUCAAUCUGGCCAAACAACACGAACAGUUUGAAUCGUCGGUCAGCGCAAUGCUGCAGGAGAUGGCCGUCUAUUUGAAACCGUUGGAAAUUCACGAAAUAUUUUCCUAUGAAGACAUCAAUCCGUUGGUAGAGCUGAUGAAGCGUAGCUUCGAGUUCAUCACGACCUUUCCGGGAGAUCUGAUCACUGCCUUACGGCUGUUGCGCUACCUGGGCAUCUCGGAGUACGACGAAGUACAGGAACUCGAUCACACCGAACUGAAAUACAAGUACACCAUCCUACAAUUCUACUCGGCCGAUGGCAAAAGUCUACUGAUUUCAAUCCUCGAAAAACUUUACACCUACUUCGAUCAACCGGCGAUCCACGCUUCCAGUCUGGCCAGCAUGCAGGGCGUUUUGCUGACCCAGAUCUUGACACCGUUGAUUCAAAUACUGCGCAAGCUGAUGACCUACCUGAUCGAAUGUCGAAACACCGAAUUCAAAGACCUAACCGUAAUCGAGCCGCUACUGCGAACCUACGCUCUGAUGCAAAGUGUUCCCAUCAGUGCGGCUGCCAUCAACGAUGCCCGGGAAAUCCAGAAGGAUAUCAUUCGCAUUUUACUAACCUUCACCCAACCGACGCCGACCGACGGCCUCGACACCAACAACAUCCACAAAAGCCUCUGGACGCAAAUGAUCGGUGAAUUGAUUAAAUUUAUCCUGUACGGACCGAACUACUUCAUUCCCGGGUUGUUGGUAUUUUCCGAGCUGCUGCCGUUGCCACUGCCGAUCCAAUGUCGUCAGGAACUUACGCCGAUCGAGAUCAGUAAACUGGUCAACGAACGGCAACUCUGGUCGGCCCAUUUACACCCGCAAAGUCCGUCCAUCACCGAAAUGAUUCAAACCAUUUGCCCGUCCAGCUAUACGCCACUGUUGGUCAUCUUCAGCCGUGUUUGUCUGCAACUGUCCGACCUGGCUCCGAACAUGACGCUGCUAAUUUCGAAAGCCAUCACCGAUUUGAUUCUACAGGAACCGUUGCUUCCGGGUGGAUUGGCAAGUACCGCCCACGCCCGGCUUUUUAGCUUUCUCGGUAGCUUGGUGUGUCACGCAUCGGUUAAAGUUUCCGUCCUAUCGAUUCUGCCCGGUCGCAUCAUGGAACUGAUGAGCGGCAUCCUGCUUAACUCGGGACAAACACCGGCCCACCAGCAAACGCAGGAAAAUAUCUACAUCGUCUUUCAGAAUCUGCUGGAUUCCGAGUUUGCCAUGAUGUUCGGUAAUAUUGCACCGAUUAUGCAGCUGGCCUGUUCCCUCCCGUCGAAGGAGAUCAUCGAGAGCUGCUGUUCGACGAUCGUGGAGAAUCUGUCCAGCGAGGAUACCGGUGUCGGUGUUUUGGCUGCCGUGGUGCGCACGAUGCUGCUGCUGACCGAACAUGACAUCACCCUGACAACCCUGCUGGUGGCGAUGGAAAAGCGAAAGGAUUCCAUUCUGUCGAUAGUUCAGAAAUUGAUUGACAAGGCAGCUCUACCGGACAACAGCUCGGACACCUACCGGCCGAUAUUCGUGAUGUUGGUAGAAUUCUGGCGUUCGCUAGUAACGAUCGACGAAACGGCACUGGUCGGAUUUAAUCUGCCAAAGCGCAGCAUAAAACUUACCCCGGAACAGUUGGGAAAUUUUCUGUGUCGUAAAUCAAUCAAGAAAGAAGGCCAAGAGCCACCGGCGGCGGCAGCGGCUGCCGAUGUCGAUUGUGGUCUACUGUUGAAAGCUUUACUGGUUAUCUAUAAAACGGAACCGAAACCGACGGUCGUAGUUGAAGCACCGGUAGAAACAUCUGCCGCCACUGAUGAGGUUACGCUAGCUCCGGUCAUUGCACCGUUGGACACCUUGGAGGAAAAUCUAGCCUAUCUAGUGGAACUGCUGAAAGAUACCCAACCUGCUGGCACCGGAGAGUGUCCUUUCGAUUUCGGAAACGUUGAACCACUUCCACAAGCGGAAGGUAUUGUGACUCAGUAUGCUUCCAGGAGCGUUUUUAUAAUCAGUGAAGAAUUCGAAGACCAACUGAAAGCUAGUUAUUGGUUGAGCUUUUCGCCGUGUGACGAAGAUUUGGAACGGGAGCAAGUGCCGUGUGAUCUGCAGGAACUGGCUAAGAUGUGUUUGUCCGGUGAUAUCAAUUUGACUUCGGAGUGCAAGCGACUGCUGCAUCUGUCCGCAUCACCGCAUUCACACCGCGAUCGAGUGACGACUGCUCCGUGCUUCCGGACGCGACGAGUCGAGGUAGAACCGAGCACCGGUCGACCGGAGAAGAAAAUAUUCGCAACCCCCCUGCGAGGACGUGGUUUCACUCGAGCUCCCGUCACCCGGGGAGAUCUGUUCCGUUCGCGCCCUCCGAACACCUCUCGUCCACCGUCGCUGCACGUGGAUGAUUUUCUGGCACUGGAAACGUGUGGAGCACAGCCGACGGGUCCUACCGGGUACAAUAAGCUGUCUCGGGACAUCAUUACGAUUCGUGGUAGUGGUCGGGGACGCGGCCGUUCGUUUUCCGACCGUACCCGGCCAAGUUCUGGCUGGGGUCAAAGUAGUAGCAGUGGUGGUGGUGGUAGUGGCGGCGGCGGCGGCUUAGGAGGAAGCGGAUCUAGCUGGUCUCAAGGGCACGAUGGUCCAUCCGGUUCGAGCGGUGGAGGAGGCGGCGGCGGCGGCAGCGGAAAACACUUUGGCAGUAGCAGCAGCAGUGGCCACAGUCAUUACCGUGAGCAAUCGCAGAAUCACUUCGGUGCACCGCACAUUCGAUCCCGCUCGGGUCGUGGCUUCAGUCGCUAUGGCGGUAGACUCUAUUCACGGCCACUGUAAGGUAGGUAUUUGGAACAGGAUCAUUCUGAACGUGCACCGGCAUGUGCAGCGUGUUGCAUUUAUCGACAGCGCAAUCGACACUAAUAUUAUUACUCUAUAAUUAUUACGUACCCAGGGUUGCGCCGGCAAAAGCUGUUGGUUGCAGUCCAAUUAGCUGGCGUUAUCUUUCUUUUUAGCAUUGACUUUUGACAGUGCUUUACACCGUAUCGCAUCGUAUUAAAGUGUGUCAGCAGUUUUGUGACAAGCA